AUGCUGCCUUGGGAUGAGUUUCCUGCAAACUCUGGUGGAGUGAUCUACCAUAAUGAGUCAGAUAGUGAUGCAAGUUCAGAUCUUUUUGAGAUAGAGAGCCUGACAGGCAAAGCCAACCCUUUUCUUGCAAGGCAGGCAUCAGAUGCUGCAACAUCUGACUGUGAAGAUCAGCAAAGGCCAAGUCCGAUGAAAAUGGUUCCAAACAACACCAGAAAUGCCAAAGCAAGAAUGAACAAAGAUAUUCCAAGGCAUCGUCCAGCGGCUCUAUUGGGUUGUAAGAGCCAAAAAUCUGUCAAAGUUGCAGGAGAUGCCCACAAAACAUAUCAUCAUGAGAAGACCAACUUCGACCAACAGAUGAUGCGCCACAGCAGGCCAGAAGCAUUCGUGCCAGCAACAAGGUUUCAAGCUGAGACUUCCCUUAAUAAUUUGACAGGCUUUGGCUCAAGUGUGCAGAGAGGCACCUUUCUUCAGACGUGA